AACUAUUGUUGUGGACGAGAUUCCACCGGUCCCUGGGUGACAGGGCAGUGAUGGAGGCCGCUUUAUUGAAGUAUGAAUAUCAAGCUGCCUUUCCAGACUGCCUAGAUUUGGAGGAACUGCCUGAUACAGAUGAGCCAGUUUUCAUUCUAGGAAAGCAAUAUGACAUUAAAACAGAGAAAUGUAACCUGUUAUGUGAUAUAUCUUCCCGUCUGUGGUUUACAUACAGAAAGAAAUUCUCUCCUAUCGGAGGAACAGGUCCAUCCUCAGAUGCAGGUUGGGGGUGUAUGCUGAGAUGUGGACAAAUGAUGCUAGCACAAGCUUUAAUAUGCCAACAUCUAGGCAGAGAUUGGCGAUGGGAGAAACACAAAGAACAGCCAGAAGCAUACCGACGAAUUCUACAUUUUUUUCUUGAUCGAAAAGACUGCUGCUAUUCUAUUCAUCAGAUGGCACAGAUGGGUGUAGGAGAAGGGAAGUCAAUAGGUGAAUGGUUUGGACCAAACACGGUGGCUCAAGUUUUAAAGAAACUUGCUUUAUUUGAUGAGUGGAAUUCAUUUGCAGUCUACGUUUCAAUGGAUAACACUGUGGUCAUUGAGGAUAUUAAGAAAAUGUGCAGUUACCAUCCUCAAACCUGUAGCAUGUCACAGUGCAGCUCUUAUACUCACCAAAGUGCUUGGAGCAGAAGUGGAGACACAUCAACACAGUCCUCAGGGUGGAGGCCCCUCCUGCUCAUCGUACCUCUGCGACUUGGGAUAAACCACAUCAAUCCGGUUUAUAUUGAAGCUUUUAAAGAGUGUUUUAAAAUGUCACAAUCAUUAGGAGCUUUAGGAGGAAAACCAAAUAACGCUUAUUACUUCAUAGGCUUUUCAGGAGAUGAACUAAUCUACCUGGAUCCUCAUACCACACAGACAUUUGUGGACACAGAAGAAGCUGGCACAGUGCAAGACCAGACAUAUCACUGCCAAAAAAACCCUAACAGGAUGAAAAUCUUGAAUUUAGACCCUUCAGUUGCACUAGGAUUCUUUUGUAAAGAAGAAAAGGAUUUUGAUGACUGGUGCAGUGUUGUAGAAAAGGAAAUUUUAAAGAAGCAAAGUUUACGGAUGUUUGAAUUGGCACCAAAGCACCCACCACACUGGCCUCCUUUUAUACCACCAACAAAACCAGACGUUUCCACCACAGGUGCAGAACUAAUUGAAUCUACUGAUAAACUGUUUGAUAUGGAAGAAGAGUUUGAGAUCCUGACUGUGUGAAUGGUCUCUUAUUUUGUGCUGUGAUGUGGGACAAUACCUAAGCAAGCUUUGAUAACCAGAAAGUGCCUCAAACACAAAAGGAACAGCGCACUAGAGCAGAAUAAAGUGGGCUUUGGACCGGAUUUCCAGGAAUGGGUUGUAAAUACCAUAGUUGAGACUUACCUUCCUAUUUAGUGUGUGUUUCUGUCUCUUUAAAGACCACACACAGUACAAAAUGUUUACAGUUAAACUCCUCGCAUCCUGGUAAGGUUAACCGAGAUCGUUGAAGAAAUGUGUAUUACACAAAUUAAGGAAUGAAGACUACAGGUCAAUGCGCUCAGCAAAAAGGGGACUAUUCAUGCAGUACAUAGUAGCAGAAAAAAGUAACUGUUUUCUUAUUGCAAUACUCUAAAACAAACAUAUAUAAAUUUAUUUUCUUUGUAAUACUUUUACUGCUGGGAAUAUUAGACAUACUUUCACUCUAUGAAAUAUAUAACUACAGUAUGCAAUUUUGAGCAGUAGGCCACUAUAAAAAAAAAUCUAAUUAGUAAAGUAAAUACAGGCAUUACAGUGCAAGGUAACACAAAUUAUGAUACGAGGACCGAAUUUGAUGAGGAUCUUCUCACAUGUCAGUAUAGUUU